AUGGAUAUUACCAAGAACCUCACUAACAAGACCAGUGAGAAGGUGACAAUGCAGCUGGACCUGAAGGCCAGUACCUCUGGAAAGGAGACACUAUCCGAUCACUAUGGCAUCCUCAGGACCCUUGGCAAAGGGAACUUUGCUGAGGUGAAGCUUGCCUACCAUCUUCAAACAGAGGAACAAGUUGCCAUCAAGGUCCUGCAAAAUGGAACAAAUGAUGACUUCAGCAUCCAAACCGAACUCGACAUCUUGAAAACGUUGGACCACCCAUAUAUCAUCAAGCUGUUCCAUAUCAUCAACACCAAAGAAUACACCUAUAUGGUGUUGGAACAUGCUGCUGGUGGAGAUCUGGUGAGCCACAUUGAAAGGGUGGGCUCUCUGCAGGAGGAGCAGGCCCAGCAUAUUUUUGCACAGCUAGUGUGUGCAGUUCACUAUUGCCAUGAGAAUGACAUUGCACACAGAGACAUCAAGCUGGACAACAUGCUGCUUGAUGACAAAGGCAACAUCAAGCUGUGUGACUUUGGCCUGGCCACCCGUGUCACCCCUGGCCAAGGCACCAAGGGGUUCUGUGGAACCCUUGAAUAUUGUGCUCCAGAACUGUUCUCUGACGAAGAAUACGAUGCCAUGGCAGCUGACAUCUGGAGCAUGGGAGUGGUUUUAUAUGCAAUGGUGACGUCAUCCUUUCCAUUUGAAGGCAAUACCUAUUCAGACAUGAAGGAAGAGAUGCAGGAUCCCAAGUACCACCUCCCUUACAAACUUUCAAAAAACAUAGCAAACAUCAUUGUGCAGUUGUUCACUGUGAAGCCUGAGCAGAGGCCCAAGAUAGAUGACAUUAGGCGGCACCAGUGGGUCAAGGCAAAGGAAGAAAUUUGGAAAAUCACACCAUCCUUAGAGGCACUCUGUAACAACCCAAAUCCAAGCGUUGUGGUGGAUAUGUGCAGUAUGGGCUACCACCCCAAGGACAUUAGUGCUUGCCUACAUGAGAAAAAAUUCAAUAAUAUCAUGGCCACAUACCUAAUUUUAAACCACAAUUCACCCCGUGGCCACUCUAAAUAUACUGAGAAGUUCUUGCGGGCCUCUGUUGCUAAGUCCCCAGCAGAUGCUCUCACUAGCAUUCCUUCUCGGAGGAGACUGAGUGAGCUUGCACUUCCCACCUUGCUGGAGGAACACCGGGUGCAUGAUGAAAAGGGAUCAAGGAAGACGACCAUGAGAAGCCUGAGCAUGCCUGCCACCUUGUGCUGCCAGCAGAAGGGAAACAAACGUCCACCCCCAGCCCCCAAAUUGGCUCGUCGUAAAAUUACCUAUGUCAAGAGCAGAUGUUUGGCAGUAGAUAGCAUGAUUUGCAGUUGGUCAUCCCCAAGAUCCCUGUCCUCUGAGAGCAUUUCUUCUGCAAAAUGUUUGUCCUGUGAGGCACCCCAGGAUGUGAACACCCCCCAAAAUAGCUCAUACACUCAGAGUUCAGGGAGUUACAGGGAGAUACCUUGCAUCGUGAAUACCACUGCCACAUAUGACAUCCAGAACAGCUUUGAGGAUGCCCCCCCUGAAGGCAUUCCUGAAAUCCCGACAUCUUCCCUUCAGGAAUCAUCUAAAAACACCUUUGAUGAUGUCCCUCCUGAAGGCAUACCUGAAAUCCAGACAUCUGCCCUUCAGGCAUCAUCUAAGAACACCUUUGAUGAUGUCCCUCCUGAAGGCAUACCUGAAAUCCAGACAUCUUCUCAUCAGGCAUCAUCUAAGAACAUCUUUGAAGAUGUCACUCCUGAAGAUACAACUAAAAUCCAGAGAUCUUACAUCCAGGAAAUAUCAAAGAACAGUUUUGAAGAUGUCACACCUGAAGUCAUAACUGCAGCCUCUGCCAGCCGUUUAUCCCGAGGCUGGAAGAGGGUAAAGAAGAGAACUGGAAAUUGUCUGAGACGACUAUGCUGCUGCAUACCGGCCGGCAAGAGAAGCCAUGUUUCCCAGAAGGAAGCGGAACCAGUGGAAGUGGAGAGCUGUGCGGUUGCACACAUGCAGCUGCAUGGGGCAUCCAAGAUGCACUCCUGUGUUUCUUAA